AUAAUAAGAAAACAGAGUAGACAGAUCACGCUGCAUAAAGCGCUUGACCGAACUUUGUGGGUCCUCGAUGCUAACUGUAUAAUAAAACAAACCUGGAGCAGGAGCUGAGGAGAGAUUCAUGCAUCUUCCCUGACCAUUCAUUCCUCACCUCCGAAGCUAGCUACCUAGGGUGCAAGAUCACUCCCUGCUCGCCCAAAAAUGGCAGAAAUAGCAAUUAUAGUGACGCAUAUACUCGCAAAACGCUUAGUGAGCAUAGUCGAUGAGCACAAGGUGAAGGUCUUCGGGGCCAUAAUUACAGUGAUCCGGAAUACAGGGCCAUCGGCCCAGCAAGCAGAACGAGAGCGAAAGCUGCCUAAGCCGCUGGAGGAGAUGUCGCUCAACAGUUACGCGCUCCUUCGGGCGUACGUCUUGAUGGCUGUAACGGGGUUAGGCUUCCUGGCGCUCACAUGGUCGACGGUAGUCCUCCUGGGCAGCUUCGUCACCACGCUGGGGAAGGAGGAUUUUUGGUGCCUCACAAGCAUUAGCAUGAUACAGGCAGCCAGGAUCUUCAACGACGCAGGGGACAACUUGUUUCCUAUAUUUGUGAACCUAAUGGAGAAGCUUGUGAGAAAAGUCUUGGCAAAUCCAUUAGGAGUUGUUAUGCAAUUUUUUAAGAAAGAUACCAGGGCCAAGGGGCGCAGUCAGACUACUAUUACCGUUGUGUGGGUACAAGUUGUCCUUUUCAUCCUGCAAAUACUGUGCAUACCGGUCCUGGUUGUGGUUCUAAUUGCAGGGACCCUUUAUGUGUCUGGGCCUGUCGCCUGCGUCGUGCUGUCACUAUGGCGCCUACGGCAGCACAAUUAUGGCAAUACCCCAGGAGAUGACAGCAAAGCGAACCUGGUGCCAGCACUGACCAUAUUCUACAGUUUGGUUAUUUUCCAAGGCGUGCUCUACUUCUUAUGGCGAUUGAUAGAGGGCGCGGCGAUGCUGGUUGUCGUUUCAUUCUGUUUAGAUUGCAAGUUACCACCAAAGUGGGGCACCAUAACAGUUGUAGAUUAUCUCCAUGAUAUCCGAGCAAAAUGCUGGCAGGACCCUACAUCCAUACGUGGUAGGAAUUUUAUCAACUAUGUUGUCGAUUUGGUGAAUUCGGAAUCGGAGAAAGACUACCUCUCAGGAUCAAGGAUGCUCCACAGCUUCAUUGAGCAGAAGGCAGAUGUAAGGUCCCUGCUACUCCCCUCCAGACCAAAGAUUAAGAAGCUGAUCGAUACGCUAGAAUGGAGCAGCAGCAGUCGAGAGCUCAGGGAGGUGGUUGCCAGGAUCAUUGCAUACCUUGCUGGUGACAUCCAUUUGUCCCAGUUCCCUGGGGCAACAUACUGCAUAUCCUCCCUGCUCGAUACCACUCUGCCUUACUGGAACAACCAACAAGGACUACAUCAUUAUUCACCAGUUACUGAGUCAAGAGAUGAUACUGUCAGUGCUAUGGAAAGACUGAUUUCUGUUGUCAAAGGCAUAGAGGAACAUGGCAAAAAAAAAGGAUGCUGGUGACACAAAGGACAGUAAAGCAAAAAAUGACGGAAACCAAGGUGGUGACAUUGCACAAGAUGGAGUGGAUAGCUCAACCUAUCAUGGAAGCAAAGGAGAUGGCUGGAAUGAGCUGAUUCUACAAGGCCUGACAAUUCUUGAGAGGCUCGCCUUUGAUCAACACAACUGCAACGACAUAUGCAACACCUCUGGUCUCCUCCCUAAGAUCAUGGCACCUCUCUACUCCGAGACACUAAUCCAAGAUAUCAAUGUAAGUGCAUGGGCCGAUGUAGCUAAUGGAUCGCUCAAAGUGGUGCACAGGCUCAUCCGUGCUCCAGAGUGGAUUGGAAAAAGUGAUCUGGUCCACAAAAUCUGUUCCAACGAGCAUGCACUCAGCAACCUAGAGAGAAUUCUUUACCAGGGAAAAAAUGAUGGCACAGAAGUACAGAUGCGAGCAUAGUUUUAAAUAGCCGGCUAUAGCCCCGCUAUAGCUGUUUGAGAGUGUUGCCGCUAAAUGAUUUCAUGUACAAUUUGCCGCUAUAACUCCGCUAUAGCCCGCUAUAGCCCAGCUAUAGCUGUUUUUAAGGGUCGCCGCUAAAUGCCAUAGCCCGCUAUUUAAAACAUUGGAUGCGAGCCAUAGAAAUCCUGACAGAACUGGCCAUUGAUUCGUCGACCAACCUCAGCACGGAAAUACAAUCUAGUCUAAUAAAGAAGCAGAUGAAGAUAUUCCUUAAUGAUAAUGAAGGGGAAGAAGACAAGCUUAGAGUUACUGCUGGAAAAUCACUGGCAUUACUUUCCAAGAUGGAAACUAUCUCUAAGUUUAUAAUGGAGGAACAUGACAAGGAGGACCUCCAGAGCAACACUGUUGACUGUCGCAAUGAAAUCGUCGAUACUAAGAACAACAUUGUUGUUCGUCUCAGUGAAAUACUUGAUGCUAAGAAAAUCAUCACGUACAGGACAGUAGCAUUGGAAAUCUUAGAGAAUUUGUGCACUCAUUGUACGCUGGACAAGAAGUACAAGGAUUAUGUGAAGGAAGCCUUGCUGCCAAAGGUCCUCAAGGAAGUACUGGCCGCAAGUAAAUGAUACCUCACUCGAGAAGAAAGAUUGUCUUUGGAAUGGGCUAGGUCAUUGCCAGAUAAUCGACAGACCAAUGCAAUGAAGGAUGUUUUUGCAACCAGAAAACGUGAAGAAAACGAGGCAAUUUCUGGACCAGGAAAUGAUGAAGAAAAUCAGGCAAUUUCUGAACCUGUAGGUGAUGAAGAAAACCAGGCAACUGAAUCAAGAGGUAGUGAAGAAAACCAGUCAAUUUCUGAACCAGAAAGUUAUGAAGAAAACCAGUUAACUGAAUACAGAGGUAGUGAAGAAGACCAGUCAAUUUCUGAACCAGAAAGUGACGAUGAAAACCAGGCAAUUUCUGGACGGGGAGAUGGUGAAGAAAAGAAACAGUUAUCCAAACGCAGCGGCCAAAUCAAGUCACCUGAUCAGGCAAACAAGGAGCUAAAAGCUAAAAUGGAAUUCCGAGAAGCAUUGUUAUCGCUUACUUUGGUGAUGUGUGCCAAACUGAUCAGUGUAGAAGAGUUCAAUGUUGUAGCUCAAAAGAUGUCCCUCAGAGAAGGUGAAUUUGUGGUGAAGCUCAGGACUAUAGUAGAAUAGUACUGCGAGGCCAGAGUUGAUUGUCUCAGAAUCGUGAAGCUUUGUGGCCAGAUUGCGGUAUUUAUGCUGCAGCCCAGCCAGGACACCGCCCAGCUCAAGGAAUUCCCGAAGUCAUUGAAAAAGGCUUCAAGGAUCAUGUCUAACCUCGAAAGCUGCAUUCUCUUUGCAGGGACUGAUUGUGGAGUGAAGAAGACAGUCAGGCCUCUCCUCUCCGAUAUUGUGGGAAAAGUGCGAAACUUGGUUCGUAACAAGAAUGAAACUGUAAUUGGCUAAUUGCUACCAAUGUUCUGUCAUGUGUACCAGGAACAAACGUUUCUGGAGCCUUGGGCUGCUUUAUUUUCUCAUAUUUUCAUUAUAAAGCAACAUUGUAUUGUUGGAAGAUUUGGAGUCCAUAGCUAUUGUUUCUA